AUGAUAAUUUCCGAUGCUCACGGAAAGGGAGUCUUUUCGGUGGAGUGCUCCGUGGGAUCCGGAAUUCUCGUCUCGAACCGCAUAGUUGCUCAGAAACCGCUUAUAUGCUGGAGUCGGAACUCCGGCACCUUGAGGCUGUUGUCCACGAGAAUCUCCGGAGUGUUCGGCACGGACGGACUGACCUUGCGCGAUGUGAGAUCGCAGAAGCUGCCAGCGAAGUGUGGCGCCUCAACGCGUGGUGCAGCGCCAUCUCCGUUUGGUAACACGUUUGGCAACACCUCGUCCCAAUAUGCGUCUUUCACGAGCUCGGGGUGCGUUGCGUGCAUCUCGUCCACGAUCAUGUACGAGACCUUUUUGUUCAAUCCGGUGUUCUAUACCUGCAAGUGUCUGUCGAUCAACCAGUUGAGCUCGAAGUCAUCGUCGUCAUCGCCGUACGGAUUUAUCAGAGUCUCCGCGACUUUCAUCCAUCCCAUGGAAGUUCAUCACCUGAAAAACGGUGAAAACUGGCAAGUAAGCAUCGACUUGAUCUCGCUCGCCGGUGAAUUGUCUCCCGAACAAGUUCGCCAAAAAGUACGCGUAAACUGCGAUGGUGACGACCUGAAUCAACCCAAGAAUGGGAAAGCCAUGCGUUCAAAGGAGCAACAUCGACGGCACAAUCACGAAAGCAUUAUACGGGUGUUAUACGUACAUACCUGCGGCGACGAGAUGGUCCAGAGUCGGGAAACGUCGUCGGACGCUGCCACUGAACAAAGCCAUGGUGUGGACGCCAGCGAGAUUCACGCUUGGAUGAAGUCUGAACGACCGACUUACUUGACCCUUGAGAAUCGCCGUGACGAACAUGGCUAUGUCGUCAGGCCAGGGCAACGUGUCCCACAUGAUCCACCAGCGGUUGACGAUGAGACUCACGUAGAAUCCCAGCACGAACGGAAGCGGAAUAAGCAACUUCGUUCCCUCGCCCGCGGCAGUGAGAAACGAGCGUCGAAACCCGAUCACCGACUGAUCGUUAUCUUUGCCACCGCAACAGACUUUUUGAGUGAAGAUAUCAAUCAUAGUGUUUCGACUAAGAAGGAACUCCUCGCCCACUUGAAUUGUCUGCAGCAUUCAAAAUAUCGUGGCGUGUAUAUUUUACGCGACUACGGCGAACCCUCGCAUAUACUGCACGUGGAAACAGCACAGGAGAGAAAGAAGGAAUUGUACUGGUCUCUGCAUGCAGCCCGUGUGUUGCUGAAAACCGGCAAGCUGGAGCGAGUGUGA